AUGAAGUCUAUCGCCCACAAGUCGUCCUUGCUGCUCUCCGUGCUGCUGCUGCUGAGCAGCAGCUGCCAGGCGCAGCCCGUGAAUGCCGAGGCACGUGAACAGCGACAGCUGAAGUCCAGUCCGGCAGCUGCAGCAGAGGCGGAUGUCAAGAUGCUGGCGGCGAGCACGGCCAAUAUGACGCCCGUUUCCAUGCCCAUGGGCGGCAUGAUGGCCAUGAGUCCCAUGGCACUAGGCGGAGGCAUCAACAUGCAGCUGGCACAAUAUCCCGGCUAUCAGGCCGGCAUGAUGCCAUUCCUGGGCUUGAACGGACUGCCUGGAGCUGGGCUGCAGACGAGCAUUGCCAGCGGCUAUCCGGGCGAGCCCGGCAUGGGCUUCGGACUGGGCGCAGGCGCUGGCGGCAACCCAGGCUUCGGCCUGGGCGCACCCACAGCUGGCUUCGGCCUAGGCGCACCCACAGCUGGCUUUGGAGUAGGCUCACCCACAGCUGGCUUUGGAGUAGGCGUACCCACAGCUGGCUUCAUGUACGGCAAUCCCUUGUACGCGAAUCCACAGCUGGGCGCCGGCUUUGGCCCCCAACCCACGCUGGACAACUUUGCGGCGCUGAACAACAUCUUCAACAUGCAACAGGCUGGAGGACUCUAUGGCCAGGUGGCUGCCGGGCCGCUGCCCGGCUACUUUGGAGGCAUGGCCGGAGGCUUGGAUGGCGGCAACGGGCUGCUGGAGCGCAUGAAAAUGCGCAGCUAUGCGCCCGGCUUUUAG